AUGUCUCUAUUAUCCAAGACGCCAAUAUAUUUUGGGUCUUAUUUGGUAUUCUACACAACCCCUCUCUCUUACGCUCUCGUAAACCUCAAACCCAUACUCCCAGGCCACGUCCUCGUCUGCCCCCUCCGUCCCGUCCCGCGCCUCGCCGACCUCUCCACCUCAGAAACAAGCGACCUCUUCCUCACCGUCCGACGCGUAAGUCGCAUGAUCGAGCGCGUCUACCUUGGCACAAGUCUCAACAUAGCAAUACAAGAUGGGCCGGAGGCGGGGCAGUCUGUGCCACAUGUGCAUGUGCAUAUAAUACCGAGGAGGAAGGCGGAUUUGGACCAUCGGGGUGGUUCGGAUGCUAUAUAUGGGAUGAUGGAGGGGGAUGAGGGGGAUAUUGCGAAGCAGUUGGGGGAGCUUGCGGAGGCAGGGAAGGAAGGGGUUGAGGUGGGGAGGGUUAGGUUUCCGGCUGUAGAUAAUGAGGCGCGAAAGCCGCGGUCGGAGGAGGAGAUGAGGGCGGAGGCGUUGGCGUUGGCAAAGGAGAUGGAGGGGGAACAGGUGGAUUGA